GUUGCCACACCACCAACUCCAGCGGUGGUAUUAUUUAGUGAUUUUUCGUUUACAGCAGCUGACAGCGGACCGCGGCUCUCUAUUUACAGUUGUUUCCCAUUUUAUUGUCAAAUUAAACAAGAAAAUACACAAAAAAGAUAAGCAACAAGAUGGAGGACACUUUGGAUGGGGAUGCUGGCCUCCGCAAGGAUCUCAUAUUGGAUCGCAUCAACAAGCGCGACAAGGACAGGAAAAACUAUUUGGAUAUAAAGUUGGAGCAGCGCUCCAAAGAGACGGUGCAGAACGAGGGCGUGGACUAUUUUGCGCAGACAUUUGGCAAGCGGGCCUACGACAUUGAGAAGAGCAUCCUGAUGCUGGACAUGAACAGUGGGGAUGCACCGCUGCCCGAUCUCAGCAAGCGGCUGCCCGAGAUCACUGUCCAGAUACAGGAACUGCAGCGUUAUCUAACCGCUUCGACGAUGUUUCUCUCCGAUUUCAAAAUCAAAUCUUGUCAGAAUAUGCUAAACGCAUUGACCAGCAGCAACGAUGAGGCCCGUCAGCGGUUGAUGCCCAAAAAAAAGUUCGGUUUCAGCGGCAAGAAGACGGCGCUCAAGCAAAAGCCGCUAACGGGCGUCGCCGAUGGUCAGCCACAGGACAAGAAGACACCAAAGAAGGAGCAGAGCAACAGCAACUUCACCUGGACCAUUGCCAAUCAGCGGAAUGCUCACAUUGUGCUCCGCGGCGAUGAAGUCAAUGGCCAGGAUAUCACCAUUUCCAACUUAAGUCAGUGUCUGGUGGAGCUGCAGGGCCAUCCCGGCUCUGUGCAGAUAUCCAAGGCCAUGCAGUGCACCCUGCUGUGCGGGCCGGUGGCGCGUUCCUUCAUGGCCGAGCAACUGGAUCGCUGCACCAUGGCCAUUGCCUGUCAGCAGCUGCGCCUGCAUUCCUCCCAUUCCACGCGCAUCUAUCUGCAUGUCACCUGUCGCGCCAUCAUCGAGGAUUGCAAGAAAAUCGAGAUUGGGGAGUUCAACUACGACUAUCCGGAGCUUGAGGCCGACUACGCUGCCUCUGGACUGAACAAGGCCCAGAACAACUACACGGAUGUGGCGGACUUCAAUUGGCUAUCGCCAGAUGUGCAUUCGCCCAACUGGAGCCUGCUCAAGGAUCAUCCGGCACCCAAUUGGAAUGCCCUGCGUCGAGAUUUUCUCAGUAAUAAUAAUGAUAAUGAUAAGGAAGAGGACGAUGAAGAUGACGAGGAGGAGGAGCAGGACGAGAUCAUAUAGUGGCGGCGUCGGCGGCUGCUCUUGACCGUCAUGGGCUAUGCCUGGCUGCUGCUGGGCUGGCUGUUGCUCGAGAUGCUGCUGCCGAUGCCGCUGGUGCCGCCGACUGGCCCUGGUCCCAACACUGUGUAAAUAGCUCAUAAGUGAAUGAAAUUAAUAUAUAUAUAACCCCUCUGCCCCCUGUUUUUGGCAUAUAUCCCCCACUCUAAA